AUGAAGGGAUAUGAAGAGCAUCAGCAGCUAAAUAAGUGUAAAAACUUUGGUCAUAUAUGUUGGAACAAGAAACGAUGCAAGCCAGCAACUAAAGCAAACACAGCGCAGCAAAAAAUGAGUGUAAAAGCAUUAAGCAUAUGCAUCGUCGCAGGUAAUUUUGCGUUCUCCUUCCUUUAAAAUGGAAAAAGAAGAAAUAUCGUAUACGAGUGUCCUCUCAAUUCCAUGUGUCGAUGUGCAAGUCCGCCCAACGAAACGCGACUGCUGGAAAUAAACUGCAACGAAGUUUCGCUCUACAAAUUUCCAGAAUUCCUUCAAGGAACAGUCCGACACAUCGACGUGUCACGCACAUUCAUCCAAACCGUGGACGACGAUACCUUUCAAGGACUCCGUUUGGAAUCCUUGAAACUUGUUGACAAUCGCCUCAACGAGUUCGGCGACAAGUGUUUCAACUUUAUGACACACUCACUGAUGUUGUUAGAUAUUUCUGGAAAUUUAUUUCAAUCAUUACCAUUAGAAUCAUUAAGGAAUGUUCAUACACUGAGUAGAUUAAUUGCACAAAGAAAUCAAAUCCAACACCUCGACGGUAAUUGGGGAAAUCUAGCUGAUUCAUUACGUAGCCUACAUCUUUCGUCGAAUACAAUUAGUGAAAUCACGCAACUGCACAUUGCUGGCAGCAGCAGUAGUAGUAGUAGCAGCAAUAGCAGUACGUCGCUCGUGAGUUCGACGCCAACCACGUCACUCGUUGACGCAAGCGGCAUUCGCUCAUUCUCCAAGCUACGGAAACUCGUGUGGCUGGAUUUGAGUAAUAAUCGCAUCGCACACGUCAGCUACAAUCUUAUGCCAAAGUCCCUCGUGACAAUUGACUUGUCGCGCAACAUCCUCACGACGUUUCCCAUGUCGCUGGUAGAGCAUUUGCGCGACCUGAAAAUCCUUAAUUUAAGAGAUAAUUUAAUAGCAAAACUGUAUAAUAUUGAAUAUAGUGUCCAAUUGAGUGGAAAAUCGGCGAUACCUACGUCGUCGUCGCAACAAAAGAGACCUGCUUAUUCGCUUGAAAAGCUCGAUUUGAGUCAGAAUUUGAUAGAAGAGGUGCCCGAGAAUUUGUUCAAUGGCACGAUGCGUGUUAAAGCUCUCAGUUUAGACAAGAACUUUAUAAAACACGUGCCCGCCAACGCGUUUCGUGACAUGGGGAUCAUUCACAUGGUCUUAGCUUUCAAUUAUAUCACGGAUUUGGAUGAACAAGCAUUUGCGACACUCGAAAAUACCUUGGAGUAUCUCGAUUUGGAGAGAAAUCAACUUAUGUAUGUUCCUGCAGCGAUAAAUCAUCUUCAAAAGUUGAAAUAUUUAUACCUAACCUCAAACGAGAUCGCUUAUCUGGAAUACAUGCCGCCGGGAUUACGAGUUCUAUCUUUGUCGAGUAAUAAUUUUACUCAGAUCCCCUAUGAAGCUCUCAUGAACUGCACGGAACUGUCCUAUUUGAAUAUGGGUUACAACCAGAUCCGAGAUAUAUCUGAGGAUAUUUUCAUCGGAUGGGGCAGUAACCUUCAAACGCUUCUCUUGAGAAACAAUAAGAUCACUCAUCUGAACUACAAUACGUUCAAUGGUUUGGAUACCAUCAAGGAAAUCAGUUUGAGCUUCAAUGACAUUCACUAUGUUCAACCGAUGGUUUUUGAAAAUGUCUCGCGAACCUUGAAGAUCUUGGAGUUAUCGUUCGGGAUCUAUCGUGAUGACUUCCCGCUCGAACCAAUCAGUUACUUGACGGAGUUGAUGUGGCUUGGUUUGGAUAACAACAACUUGAAGAUGAUUCCGGGACAUUCGUUGCACUCUUUGACACAACUAACGUACGUGAGUCUCGCCUUCAACAAGAUCACUUUUCUACCGAGAAACGUUUUCUUAUCUGAUGUUCACAAAAAUCUGCUGGAAAUUGACUUGAGCUUUAAUCAGAUUGAAGUUGUUCUGUCAAAUACCUUCGAUGAUUUGGAUUUGCUACAAAUUGUAAACUUAGCAUCGAAUCGGAUACAAAAUAUCGAAAAGUACAGUUUUUACAACUUGCAAUUCUUGACGUAUAUUGACUUGAGUUACAACAGGAUCAGCAACAUCAGUGAUAUGGCGUUUCAAUUCUUGCCAAACAUCUUGAGCAUCGAUUUAAUGUACAACCAGUUGACCAAAUUCAGUUUUAAAGCUUUUAUGCAUAUUACGAAUGCGACGACGCCAAUGCGGUUGAACAUCUCGAACAAUUACAUUCGAACCAUUGAUGGCGACUUGACAUCCUACUUCUACAUUUACAGUUUAGAUGCGAGCAAUAACCUCAUUUGGGAUACUCAGUCAUUCAAAAACAUCGGAUACUCAUUGAGAGUUCUUUACUUGAACAACAACAACAUAACUCAGCUAUCGAAUCACGCUUUUGGCGAUUUAAACAUGUUGGAAAUCCUGAACUUGGCAAACAACUCAAUUUACGCUCUUCGCAGAAGAAGUUUUCUUGGCUUAUCAAACUUACAAGAACUUGAUUUGUCUAUGAAUCGCAUCGAGAUGUUGCAAGUUGAACAGUUUUCGAAUCUUGGCAAACUUCGAGUUCUCAAUCUUUCGAACAAUAAGUUACGAACCAUACCACGUGAUGCUUUUUACAAUACCAGAAUUGAACGAUUGGAUUUGUCCUUUAACAACAUUGCUCUCUUUCCUGUAAGUUCAUUGUCCGAAAUCGGUUUCACUCUUCGAGCUUUGCUGAUACAAAACAACCAGAUUGAAUCUUUGGACUCAACUAUGUUUCAAAACACGCAAUUUAUACUCGACUUGAACUUGGCAAGUAAUCAAAUCAAGUUGCUAUCUGACAACACAUUCGGUUCCUUGAACAAUUUAACGUCGCUGGAUUUGAGCUACAAUGUUUUAGUGCCGCCUAACUUCAAAGAAUUCUUUUUGAAUACGCCUCGUUUGAGAAUUCUCAAGAUGCGUGGCGUUGGGCUUUAUCGGAUGCCUCAACUACCUUUGAAGUAUUUGACUGUACUGGAUUUGAGUAAAAAUUAUUUGCAAGAAGUCGAAGGACUUUACGACAUGCGAAACUUGCGAGAAUUUUACAUUCGUGAGAAUCGGGUGAUCAAUUUGGGAAAUGUAACGAGAUUUUUGCCCACGUGUUUGCGGAAGUUGGAUAUCUCGAGAAAUCCCAUAAGAAAACAAUCUUUACAUGAUUUCGCUCAGAUUCGACGAAUAGAGGAGCUGAACAUUGAAAAUGUCAAGAUAAUCAACUCGGAGUUGUUUUUCAAGUUACAUAACCUCAAAAAGAUCAGGAUCAGUUCGCAAGCGAAUUUCAGUGAACUAAUUUCAAAAUUGCGCGGUUUACGGGAGCUUUAUGUUCACAUCUACGACGAUCGGAUACGAGAAGAAUUUUUCUCAAAACUUACUGCUUUAACGAAACUUACGUUACUCGAGAUCACGGGCACAAAACUCGUUAAUAUUCAUCCAAGAGCGUUUACGGGGCUGGCACGAAAUCAAGAUCUUAAGAUCCGUUUGACACAAACGAUCGUCAAUGAUCUGCCAAUUGGAAUAUUUUUCCCGCUCAAAUACAUUCCGCGCUUAAGCAUCGAUCUGUCAAACAAUAAAUUGGCAGCACUGUCGCCUGACAGUUUCUACCCGAACGCCAGUAGUUGGGAUGCGGUCGGUACGAGAAGUGUUUUUGGCGGCAUGAAUAUCGCGGGAAAUCCGAUGCAGUGCGAAUGCGGACUUGUGUGGUUGGGACAUUGGCUACGACGAUGGUUGCGGGAAACCGCACAAGUUAAUUUACUCAAUAAGGAAGAACUGAAGCAUAUGUUACUGCAAUCGCGUGAUAGCACGUGUACAGACGUCCUAACAGGUAGAAAACUAUCCUUUUUAGACAUCUUCCCGGAGGAUUUAAUGUGUCAUGCCAGUGCAUUAAGUAGCAAAUCUGAUUUAAUUUUUACAACGACUAAUCUAAGAAUCAGCCUAUUGUUGAACACAAUCAUUGUAUUCUUUGUCUCGUAUCGGUUUUACUACUAA